AGCAGCCGAAAAGAACGCCGACGAAGCCACAACAUCAACAGCGCCUUUUCAGCUCUUCGCGGCUGCAUUCCCAAUGUACCAACGGAUACAAAACUUUCAAAGAUAAAGACGCUACGCUUGGCCACUAGCUACAUCUCAUACCUGAUGGAUGUCUUAAGUAAGGGAGAUAAUGAAAAUUGUGAGAGUUUCAACGCCGAGAUCGUGAGGAAUAGUGAGAGUAAGGAGGAGAAGAAGCGAAGGGAGAACGAGGACAUCACCAUGCUCAUUGACGAUGUAUGUGAAACGGAGGAACGGAAGUGCCUUAGAACCGGCUGGCCACAACAAGUCUGGGCCUCAGAGUUCAAG